AUGGUUUCGUGUGUUGUCUGUGCGAUUACUUUAAAACGAGGUGAAACCGGGUCGAUUACCUGUUUAUCGUGUAAUGGUAUUUUUCACAUACAGUGCGUUAAAAUUAAUCAGGAUGAUAUUGACUAUUUAAAUUCUAUAAAAAAAAAUUGGUCAUGUUCAAACUGUACAAAAAAACCAGAAAAAGAUUCUAAAUCAGACACCCAGUCUGACAAUAUUUCCUCACCGGAUGUUAAGUUGAUCUUAAAACAGUUAAACCUCUUAAAAUUUGAACAAUCUAAACUGAUAAAUCUCGUUAACAAACAAACUGCGAAAUUAGACGCGUUUGAACGAAAAUUCACCGAAGUUUUUUCCCAAUUAGCCACAAUCAAAGAUGACAAUAUUCUUCUCCAUAAUAAUUUAAAUAGUUUAACAGCUCGACUUGAGUCCAUUGAACUUAACCGCUCCACUCCAGAUGAAGACUCAUUCUCGGACUUCGUUGACCGCCAAGCCCGCUCUAAAAAUGUAAUUUUGUUUAAUGUUCCUGACGCGCCCGAUGAUACCAAUAACUCGGACUCCUCAACAGUCGAUCUUAUUUUUACUAAACUCGCUUUGGACAUUAAACCGAUCACAAUUCAGAGACUCGGAAAAUUUGACGGUAAGAUUCGCCCUUUGAAAAUUUCACUAGCUUCCGCCUCUGAUGUUUUCAAGACCUUGGGUUCUUCGAGAAAACUUAAAUCUGAUCAAAUUUUCAAUGCGGUUAGAAUAACAAGUGACAAGACUCCCAAACAACGUUUGUAUUUUCAAAAUCUGCGUAAAGAAUUAGAUAUGAGACGUUCGGAUGGUGAGUCAAAUCUAACAAUAAAAUACGUCAAGGGCAUUCCAUCUAUUGUUAAUUCCGCGGUCCAAAAAAACUAA